AGGAUGCCUCCUCCUCCCCCCCCCCCACCCCCAGGACCCCCGCCUCCCCCAACCUUCAGUCAGGCGAACAUAAAUCCUUCCAAACUAGGCUCGAAUGAGACCAAAGGCAGAGGAGCGCUGCUGUCGGACAUCCAUAAAGGCGCCAGACUAAAGAAGGUCUCAGGGGUCAAUGACCGGAGCAGCCCCAUUAUAGAGAAAUCAGGAGGAGGAGGCGGAGGAGGCGGAGGCGGAGGAGGCGGAGGCGGAGGAGGAGGCGGCGGAGGAGGAGGAGGCGGUAGUGGAGGUGGAGGACCAAUGGGACUCGGAGGCCUUUUCCAAGGAGGUGUCCCAAAACUACGCCCAGUUGGAGAUGGUUCUUCAGGAGGUUCGGUCGGCAGAUCUGCCCUGCGGCCCCCUGGGUCCCGGCCCGCGGCCCCUCGCCCCCCUUCAGGUCGCUCCUCCUCUCCCUCCCCUCGCCCCCCUUCAGGUCGCUCCUCCUCUCCCUCCCCUCGCCCUCCCACAGGUCGCUCCUCCUCCCCUCGCCCCCCCACAGGUCGCUCCUCCUCCCCUCGCCCCCCCACAGGUCGCUCCUCCUCUCCUGAGAACCAGCGCUCCCACCGCCCCUCGCUCCCAGACAUCUCUCGCCCCUCCUCAGCCGGCGGGAUGAAGCACAGCACCUCCGCCCCCCCUCCCCCUCCCCCCUUCAACAGAGGGGCAGCCCGCAACAACGCUCCACCUACACCCAAUCAGAAAUCACACGCUCCAACUUCCUCCUCCUCCAACAACAAUCACAGCCGAGAGAAGCCCCUCCCUCCGACGCCCAACAGAGGCCACACCUCUCCCAACUCUGUGAAGCCGCCUCCAUCUUCAAGCCGACCCCCGACAGGCGGUUCUUCUGCUCCUCCUCCUCCUCCUCCUUACAGACCGAACACAUCGAGCGGUGUCUCCAACGGGCCGUCACACGUGGAUGGAGGCGGAGCUCCGGAGCUGCCGCAGAGGCACAACUCCCUGCACAAAAAACACACCUCAGGAGAAAGAGAAAGAGGAGGAGGAGAAAGAGAAAGAGGGGGAGAAAGAGAAAGAGGAGGAGGAGGACGCAGCCACGCUCCUCCUCCUCCCUCACCCUCUCCUUCCUCCCAGCUGGGCAGCAGACCUCCACCGCCCGUCAGAGAGCCGCCGGGACGCAGAUCAGCUCCUCAGGUGCCUCCUAACGGGUCUCGUAACGGAUCUCGUGACGCCCCUCCUCCUCCUCCGCCCCCGUAUCGAGGCCACAGCGCUGCGGCCUCAGAGCCUCACAGCCGGGGGGGAAAACCUCCUCCUCCACCAUCCUCUUCCUCCUCCUCGUCUUCCUUAUCCUCAAGAACCCCAGCUGGACCCCCUCCCCCUCCCCCGCCCAUCAGGAACGGCCACUCCUCCAUCCCCUCCUCCAAGUCCAUCAUAGAUGAUUUUGAAUCCAAGUUUAACUUCCACCCUAUUGAAGACCUUCCACCUCCAGAGGAGUACAGGAAUUUCAGCAAGGUCUACCCCAGCAAAAACAACAAGGGCAUGAUGCGAGGAGCUCCUCCUGCUCCGCCCGUCGGGAGGUGAACUCAGGACUUUAACUCUCAGUCAGCCGUGGUGGAGACAGAGUGGUGAAGAAGAAGCACUCAAAACACACACACUAACACUAAAUCCACCAGCUGAAAGCACAACACUACGACUCCUCGCCGGUCUCCUUUCUUCGGUCUUUGCACGAGGAACAGAAAACCACUCGGAGCUCAAGAGGCUUCAUGUCAUAUCAGGACCGAAACUCCAAACACUUCCACGUCUGUGCAUUCCUCCUUUUUCUUUAAUCGUGAUAAUAAUGGUGAUUUUCAUAAUUCCGUUUGAUUUUAAUAUGUUGGUGUCAGCAUUAGUUUUUGAAGGGGAAGGGGAAGGGGGGGGGGGGACUUAAACACUAAAAUGAGAGACUUGUGAAUGAAUGUUUGCAGCAGAGGAAAUCCCCACGAAAACUGAUAAUGCCAUGAAUGUGUGGGGCUUAUGACGGUUAUUGUUUUAUUGGUUUUUUUUGUGUCUUUAAAUAGCCAUUCCAGCAGUGCCAGGUGAGGGUGCGCUUGAAUUCUGUGUCAGUGUGCCAAAAGCGGGUGGAGUUAAACGAUCUGCACAGGACAGUUUCCAUACAUGUUUGAUUUAUAACUGACUUUUUAAAUUUUAUUUCCUUGUUUUUCGACUAAAUGCUUUAAUAUAGGGCUGAACAAUGCUUUGAAAAUCUGAUCAAAAUGCCAAAAAACUUCCGACUGCAGUUUCUAUAUUGCAGGACGCACAAUGCAAGGGUUAACUGUGAGUCAAGAAUACAACUUUAAAUGUUAUAUUAUCGAGCUGCAGGGAGCUCCUUGUCUACAUAUCAUAUUUUCUUAGACUCCCUGCUAAAAUCAAAACAUAAUCAUUCUUAUAUCUUCAAAAAAAUCUAGAAUAAUUAUGUAAGAAUUAUCAUUCCUUCUAAAAUCGCAACUUCUCCACAAGUCAAAAAUGAUCACACACUUUUCAAAUCGUUCAGCCCUACUGGAAAGCUUGCCGGAAACAUCCACAGGUCGUUCGUUUUUUUACACUUUGGAGAGGGACACAUUACGGUUUUGUCUUACUUUGGUACCCCUUAUUACUUACCUUUCUUUUUGGGGGUGUCUAUAUUUCCAUCUUCAGCCGAUGUUGCACGAGCCGAGACACUGUGCAUGACGCUUAUUUAUGCACGUAUGAUAACAGGAAAACCCCUGGGAUCAGGAUUCACGUGGAUGUGACAAAAAUCCAGAGACACUACGAGUCCCUGAUUUGUCCCUGAUGUGUUUGAGAAUCACUCAGCGGAGGCCAACGCUAAAUUAUUUUCUCGUUUACUCGACCAAGUAUGUAUGAGAUGUUUAUAAGGGAUGAUUUAUCUACUUCCUGUCCAGGGAAAGUCCGUUGAAAAGCUCUGGUCUGAAUCCAUCAUUUUACCUUUUGCUGCUGGUGGCCCUUUUGUAAGUGUGUUUGGCCAGAGAAAGAUAUUUAGAUGAAUUGCUAUGCAAGGAGCAGUUUGUACAGAUGGUAGUUGGUAACCAAAAAGAAAGACAGAAGCAACACUUAAGUGCCAGAGAGCUGUGGAAGCAGACAGGUUAUUUACUUACUCUUUAAUCUUGAUUUAACACUAACUACAUGAUUCUCAAUGCUGCAGCGCCCCCUGCUGGUCAUGCCUUACACCGGUCUGUUGUCACUCAUGGGUACCUGUGCUUUUUGUUUGUUUUUUAGGGGGGUAAAGAUGAUGACAACAAGGUAAAUAAGAAACAAGUUUAUUUGAAAACGCAAUAAAUAUUGUAUAUUGACAUUAAGGAAUAUGGUAAUCAUAGUUAUUGAUCUAUUUUUAUGUUGUAAAAAGCGUGUAAUAUAGGAAAGAGAAAUGAUUAUAACAAGUCGGUGAGCUUUGGUGUGAUAGUAGCACUUCUCUGGAUGUUCGGCCAUGAGGGUGAAUUAGCUGAAUGGAUGUGUGCGACGAUGUUUGCCAACGAGCCAACAUUCUGGGGAUCCCGUUUGGUAUGAAUCCACCUGACGGGUAGUGUAGAGACGAAGACUAAACAAUGUCACUACACUUCUUGUCCCAGAUGUAUGCUCACGUUAACGUCUCCUCACACUGUCCACGCUGAAGAGCAAAAACCCCUGUGGUCAUUUCAUGUUAAUCAACCAUGUUUUUAUCAUUUGAAAUCAUUUCAAAUAAAUAUGGGGAAAAAGGGUAACUGAUGCAAGGUGUUUUUGUGUUCUCUUCCUGCUAUGAUGUAUGUGUUUUAAUGGGUCUGUCAUUUGAAAUGAUUGGGGGGAAACAUGUAAAUCCUUAAAUAAAGUCGAAGUGGCAUUAGCACUACACAAAGAUAAUCAAAGACA